AUGGAGAAGUUGGAUUUUGUUUUGUAUUUCAAAUGUUCGUUUCUCAGUCCUUGUGAAUGGACCUACAAUGGGUUUCUUCUGCAGUUCGAGGGGGUGAGGCAGGGAGAUCCGUUCUCUCCUUUUCUGUUCCUCAUCGUGAUGGAGGCUCUUAGCAGAAUGCUGAGGAGGGCGGUGGAUGUGGGUUUCUUGAGGAGUUUUCAGGUGGGGAGAGACGCUCUUAGUCAGUUGGAGAUUUCUCAUUUGAUGUUUGCUAAUGAUACUUGGUUUCAAGUUGUUUCUGGAUUAAAGAUUAAUGUGGGAAAAAGUGUUUUGGUUCUAGUUGGGGAGGUUCCUGAUAUUUCUGUACUUACUAAUACCUUAGGUUAUUGCAUUGGCUCUUUCCCUAUCUCUUACAUGGGGCUUCCUCUCGGGACGCCUUCGAGGAGAAUGGGUUUUUGGGAUCCAGUGGUGGAGAGGUUUGAAAGAAGGAUGGCAGGUUCGAAGAAGCAGUAUCUGUCGACACGUAGAAGAGUGACUUUGAUGAAAAGCACUUUGUCAAGCCUUCCUACUUAUUUCCUUUCUCUCUUAUAG